ACAAACUGUCACAUGAUUUUCACCUGACAUUUGCUAGCUUCUGCGAAAAAAGUCUAUCGACGCGAAUUCCAAUUUAAAAGGAACUUAUUUACAUCACCCCGUCGAGCAGCGUUUAACGAAGCUAGCAAAAUGAAAAUUUGUGGUCCGAAAUGCUCCCUAUGCGGAUUGAUUAUCUCCGUUUGGGGCAUUGUGCAGUUGGUGCUCAUGGGUCUGUUCUUCUACAUACACAGUGUGGCACUAAUUGAGGAUUUGCCACUAGCUGAGGAGUACAAAACUUUAGAUGAAUUCUAUACGGCAGCGAAUGCUGCAUACAAUCAGAAUGCCUACAACUGCUGGAUUGCGGCGUGCAUUUACGUCUUGACUCUGCUGCUCUCUGCGCAACAAUUUUACAUGAACAGCAGAGUAACUGCCAACUAAAAUCUGUGCUUCAACUUCAAAAUCAAUGUUGCUUGGCUUGAGUGCGAGGCAACAAUCCAUUAAAGAAAAGAAACAUCAAGAACAACAACAAAAUGUAACUUGUGUGCGAUCGGCGUCGCUGCUGAUCGCAUCUAAUCACAAUUAGUAUUGAAAUGUUUUCAUGUUGAAGAAAUUUGUUUAUUUACUGUAUAAUAUCCCCAAAGUUUUUGUUGCUAAAGUUUAAAUUGAAUUGAAUAUGAUAAUAUUUAAGUAAAAUGUAUGUAUAAAUAUGUACGUAAUACAAUUGUUUUGUUCAUAAUAAUCACACAUUCCUUUCUUAGUUCUACUCUCUCUGUAUCGGUCCAAACGUGUAAAGCAAGUGCAACAAUUGUGUAUCAUCUAGCUCCGCCGUUAGUUAAAACAAUCUCAGAGUCAAUCUGUAUCCAUACUGUACUUCAGCUAAAUCAA